UGCCUGGACCGAAAUGCAGAAAUUUAACAGCAGAGUAGAUAAAGCCUAUGCGCACGCCUUAAACCUGGAUCGAAUGACCCAGGAAUCUUUCGUAAAGAUGACCCCAAAAGACAUGAACAACAACACGCAACCUUGUUCAGGGAGAGAAUAUGGAAAUCCAGAAGACGGAUUGAAGAGUCAAGGACGAAUUUUGAAUUUCCUGAAGAGACAUGGAAGAAAAAUUAAUGUACCAAACACUAAACCACAGGAAACAUCUCCCAGCUUUCGAUGCAGGGUCAAAAAGUUCUUUGGAUUUCGAUGA